AUGGCAGCUACCAUGUCAUCCUCCUUGGGGGCAAGGCUCGGAUGGCCUUCGGCGGAGGCUUCAUCCUCGCAAGUUCCGUCGGCGAGCAACUCUGACAAGGGCAACGGCAAUAGCAUGGCAGCGCCUAAGCCGUGGGCAGACGAGCCGUGGCCGCUCAUCGAGACUCCUUCCAAUACUCAAGUCAUCACACACCAGGCUAUCCACAUCGCCAGCGAGGUAGCCAACCUCCACAACACCAUGAUCCGCGCCCUCAAUGCCAUCUACCUACAGGCACCGCACGUGUGCCUCCCAGCCGACGUCGCGGACCUGCUCUUCCUGACGCAGAGUUGGAGCCGGUGGGUGUUGGACCAUCACAAACUCAAGGAGACGACGAUGCUGCCGGGCUUCGAGAGCGCCCUGUCGCUCCCUCCGGGUGCGCUGCGGUCAGGGCGCCGCGACAGCGGAAAGGCCACCGGACAAGGGGACCAGGAUGCAGAGGCCUCCGAGGCCGAGCUGGAAGAACUUCUCCAGCACGUGCACGUCUACGCCGUCGAGACGCACGCCGACCCGGCCUCGUACUCGUCGAACGUCCUGCAGAACCGGCUCUCGGUCCUGGCGCGGGUCUUGGUGCCGCACCUGACGCGGCAGGUGCGUCUGAUGGCGAGCAUGCGCGAACUCUGCGCCAGCGCCGUCGUCACGCGCACGCGCCCGCCGUCUUUCCUCCCGCCCUUCGAAGGCUCCUCAUCGACGGCGUAUCCGCGCUCCUCGACCUCCUCGGCCCCCUCACCGCUCACCUUGCCGACGCCCGGGUUGUCGGCGCCGGCCUCGUCGGCAUCCUCGGUCCGCACGGGCCGCGUGUCGCAGCAGUUCAGGCCCAAGAAGCCGCCCUACGACCCGGCCCUGGCCCUCGCGUGCCCGGCCACGGCCGAGGCCCGCGCCGCGCGCCUGAUGUCGGUGUUCGGCUCGGCUGACUGGCAGGCCAGCAACACCAUGGACCGCUUCGUCGUGCCGCCCAUGGUCGUGCGUCUGCGAGACGCGACGUUCGAGGGCGGCGGGCGCGGCCUCUUCAGUACCGUCGACUACUACCGCGGGAGCGAGAGCCGGAACCAGAGCAGCGUGAAUGUGAAUGUGAGCGAUGCUGGUGCUAGUGCUGCCCUUGAUUUGGGGAUGGCACCUGGCGGGGCUGGCUUCGGCUUCAGAAGCAGUGAUGUUUGGCCCCGCAUGUCAGUGCUGACCGUCCAUGCGAUCGCUGAUAAGCUGUCGCCGCGACAUGCCGGCGCGUGGCGGUUCUUGCCGUGCGAUGUCUGGGGGAAGCCGCGGGAGCUGGCUUUCCUGGAGUAG